CAGACUGCGGAGAAGUUAAAACAAGUCAUUAGACAGUAGACACAAACUAAUUACUAUACAAAGACGGACCCAGAAAUAAAAAACUUAGUGGCGAGUACCUACUUAAUAAUUCUCGCAUUAUAGUCUUCACUCUUCUCUUUUAGGUUUUCGUUAUAAUAAACGUAAUAUAAUUGUGUUUUGAUAAGAGUUAACAAAAAAAAACCUUUUUUUUAACGUUUCCGAGUGAUUAAAAAAUAUAUAUAUAUAUGUAUACGAGUUUUUGGUACUGCGUCCUCUACAUUUCAAUUUCAUUUGGAAUUUAUUAAGAUGGGACGCAUUUUCCUUGAUCAUGUUGGAGGUGAUCGCUUGUAUGCUUGUGCUGCUUGCGACAUAAAUUUAACCAAUCGCGAUGAAUUGAUUAGUACCAGAUUUACGGGUGCCACCGGUAGAGCAUUUUUAUUCAAUAAAGUCGUCAACCUGAAUUACAGUGACGUUCAAGAUCGUGUUAUGCUUACUGGUCGCCAUAUAGUCCGCGAUGUAUCAUGCAAAAAUUGUGAUACAAAAUUGGGUUGGAUAUACGAGUUUGCAAUGGAAGAAAACCAGCGUUACAAAGAAGGUAGAGUAAUAUUAGAGAGGGCGUUAAUUACAGAAGGCGAUGGAUUAGAACACGAGAUAUAGGUUUAAUUUUAGAGCAGUCACCAAUCAAUAUGCAAAAUUUGUAUUUUAUUAGACCUUAUAUUUAAAUUGUUAUUAGGAAUUAAACAAAUUGACAGUACAAAGUGGAUAAGUUUUCAGUUUUUUUAAAUUCAAUAAGUGAUUAAUUGCACACAUACACACUUUGUACAUAUUAUGAUUUAUGUGUACACUAUGUACAUAUUAUAUGGGUAUUGUUUUUACCAAAAAUAUUUUGUUUUACAAACCUAACCUGCUAACCAAUAAAUACAUUUUUUUUCAAAGUUUUACAGUAAAUGAUUAAUGAAAUAAUUUUAGCAAUUAUGCUAUAACGAUAAUAAUUAUUAUGUGUAUAGUUAGCUUAAAUGUAUUUUUUUUAAUUUAUAAAUAUUAAAUGGACUUUUUUUUUAUAUGUAAUUCCACAUUUCCUUAAGUUUAUUUAUUAAAAUACUUUCUACCUAUAUUACGUUACCGAUAUUUUCCUAUUUUUAUUAUAAAUUUAAAUAAAUAUCAUUAUUAUUAUUUUUAAUUUUUGUUGAUAUAUGACAAUAUUUUAUAAGUUAACUAAUUUUUUUUUUUAAGUAUGUAUAAAAAAUGUAAGUUUUGGAUAUUUUAAGAGUAUUGUAAUAAGUAAUAAAGCAUAAUACAACUUAUACAUUUUAUAAAGUUACUUAAAUUUUAUAAUAGACAUAAUUUUUUUAUAUAAUUAUCAAUAAUUGUUGAAACACUAUGUAUUAAUUUUCGUUACAAUUCAAAUUAUCAAUACUCAUAUUAUUACAUUAACCUGAAAUUUAAAUUGCUCUAAUUUUGUCACAGACUUUUCCUUAAAUUUUUUACAGACAUUAAUUUUUUUUAUGUUAGCUAUUAAUUACUAUAGUGAGACAAGUGUACAGCUGUGUUCAUUUCAUGCUUAAUGCUGAUUUUUAAUUAAUUACUUUAUGAAUGUCAAUCAAGUAAUGAGUCUUCCAAAUUUAAAUCACAAUAACAAUGUUAAAAUUGCAAACGUCAACUAUUGUAUUUUAUUUAGUGUAAGCAAGUAAAUGUAAAUGUAAAAUGUAUUAACCUAUAAAAAUAAUGUAAUUUAUAAAAAAAAAACUAUUAUUCUAGAGGAUAUAUUAA